CGAAAUCGAGGCAGCGUAAACAGUACUCCAGGAACAUGAAAAGAUCGGAUGACAGUGAGAGGGAAAAGAGGAGAAAGAGGCGGAGGCUUCUACAGGAGCUGGGAGAACAGAGGAUUCCCUACCUUUCACCUACAGACCCUGGAUUCCAGGAACUGUGGGAUUCCAGUUAUGCCGGACUGGCUCUACGGCAGUCCAGUUGCCUGCCCGACGGUCUCCACGAGAAGGUUCAGUCUGCUCUGGUCACUUUACAUCGCCAUGGCUGCCUCCUCAGAGAUCUCGUCCGUGUCCGAGAUCGCGACGUCUUCACGGCCGUUUCGCGCGCCCUCGUCGGUCAGGCGGGCUACACGUACCGUUAUCUGGACACACGUCUCUUCUCCAUCCCCUGGCACUGUGAGGGAGAAAACGGACAGAGAGACGAGAAAGAAAAACCGUGCUGUGACUCUGACCUGAGGGACGCUUGCAAAGCAUUGUGGGAACUCAAUCAGUUUUUUUGUACAGAUGUGCAGCGGCAGCAGACAAAUGUGAGAGGCGUUAAACGUUCCCACAGUGACACCGAAAACAGUGAAGAUGCAUCUGGGGAGGGUCCGUGUAAGGAGAAUGUUACGGACAGGUUGAAAGAGGAGAAGCAGGAGAAUGUGGAGAGGCUUGAGGAGGAUCAGGAGGAAGAGGAAGAAGAUAGCGGUCAGGGCUGCUCUCAUUCCUCACCUCCUUCCUCUAUUAUGCCACCAGCUCAGACCGGCCUGGUUCAGUUUAACGUUACUCUCAUCAACUACAUGGACCCAACAGCCAUGACGCAACUGAAGGAGGAGCCGUAUUACGGCAUGGGCAAGAUGGCGGUGGGCUGGCAUCAUGAUGAGAACUUGGUGCCUCUCUCACCAGUCGCUGUUUACAGCUAUAGCUGCCCUGUAGAGCCAACGAAUGAAGGAGUGACUGAGAAAGACGGAGAGGGUCAGUGUAAAGACAAAGAGAACAAGACUGAGGGUGGAGGAACGAGUAAAGAUGAGGAGGAGAAGGAAGAAGGCGAAGGUUCGAAGAAGGAGGAAGUGGAGAAAGAGAAGACAUGUUGGCGAGUUGGACUAAAGGUAGCCUGGGAUAUUCACACACCAGGCCUGGCCCUGCCUCUGCAGUCUGGAGACUGCUACUAUAUGACAGAUGAUCUUAAUCGAACACAUCAGCACUGCGUUCUAGCUGGUGACACUGCUAGAUUCAGCUCCACACACAGAGUUGCACAGUGUUGCACAGGUACGCUGGACUACAUACAAAAGCGUUGCUCAGAGGCCUUUGAGAACUUGCACACGGAUGCUGAGACUAACACCAAGAGCUUGUGUUCUCUCCUUCCCUCCACCCUGCAGCACAUCGAGGACAUCCACAACGAGGUGGAGUUUGAGUGGCUGAGGCAGUACUGGUUCCAGGGCCGACGUUACGCUCGAUUCUGCAGCUGGUGGACAAAACCUAUGGAACAGCUGGAGAAAGACUGGAAAGAGAUGGAGAGAAUGACUCAACUGUUGCUGGCUGUGGUGGAGGACGAGAACACAGCGCAAGAGAACAGAAGAGAGAUGGCCGACGUCCUACUAAACGCCCUGACGGACAGACAGCAACACAGACAGACAUGGAGAGACAGAUGCCAGUCCAGCCUGGCACAGACCUUGCCGCCUGAAGAAGCGCCUGUCGAUCGACCCUAUUGGAGUAAUGAAGACCCUGACAUGCCCCUCCCCUUUGACCUCUCUGACAUCAUCAGCCGUGUUGAGUCACUUCUCUGGAGAAUGUAAAGGAGAGAGAGAGAAAGGAAGAAGGAUUGUUAUGUGGUGAAUGAUAAAAGAGAGAAGAUCACAGGUGACAAAAAUAAAACGCACACCUGUUCACUUUCUACCCUGGCCCACUUCACCUGAAGACCAACAUUUUUCUUCACACACCACUUUGAGGUCCACUCGGAUGGACGGGCAGAUAUUUGGAUGAUAAAGGGUGACAUCUGGAUGGGACAUUUUAUUUCCUGUUUCAUCAGUAUCGUUUACUAUCACUUUAACAAUAGUGUUACAAUGACCAUGCAUAGAAACAUAUCAGUAGUAGCAUACAGUACCUAUUCAUCAGUAUAUGUAUCCAUUAAUAUGUUUCAGUUCUCCAUAAAUCCUUUGAAGCUUUGAUCUUUUGGACAGGCAUCAUAUAGAUGUAUACAGUAUACACAGUUCACUUCUCUUGUGUGUGCGUUUGCGUGUGUGCGUGUCUGUGUGCCAUCUUUUGAGGUGAAAGCAGGAUAGAGUCCCACUAAAAAGAAAAUGACACCACGGGAUGAACGUUAUGGCAUCUUUAACAGGUGUCAAAUAUGUGCAGUUGCCUUUUGUCUGCCGUUUUUGUUUGAAUUGAAAAGUGUUUUUUGCCUGUGUGUUUGUUUGACUGUUUUUAGUAAAAAAGAUGAGGUAAAAGUUUUUAAACUAACUUUGUUAAUGAUGUUUGUCCUUAUAGGUGCAUGCAGGUUUGAGGCACGGACAUGUGUAAUUGUUUAGAGCGUUUUAUUUCUGUGUGUGAUUGAAUCUGCGAGUGUGUGUACAUAAGAUGUUUCUUUCCCAAGCUGAGUAGUGUUGAUAGGCAGCAUUUACUGAGCUCUCCCUGGCAUCGCAUAAUUCUCACUGCUCAUCGGCUCCUAACCUUUCAAUAAAAUCUGCCUAUCUCUGAAAUGCUGCCGGUUUCGGCAUCUUUUUUAAUGAAUGAAGGAUGAAGAAAAGCACUCUGGCGUCCUCUGAACGAAUGGAAAAGGGAUGACUGUUGAGGCCAAGCAGCUUUCUUUUUCUUUUUAUGUUUUUCUGUGUCAUCAGUGUUAAUGUAGAAGGUCCAUAUUAUAGUAUUCGAUGAAGAUGCUUAAAUGUGUUUUAUACUUUUGAAGUUUUAGAGUUUUUAUUGGUUGCCAAAUAUUGUGUUUCUGCUGAGUAAAUGCUGUGAGGUUGGUAUAUAAAUAUAUAUAUACGAAUAUAUAAUCUUUCUUUCAUUGUGUUUUUUCUGUAUUCUUCCUCCGGAGUGCCACAAACCCCACUGCUUUUCUGAAAGCGUUGUGUGCGCAAAGCACGUUAUGAUAGAAAUAAAAUACAAUGCUGGUUUAGUAAUC